UGGCUCCGGCGCGCCGCAGCCAUGUGCCCCCGAGACGUGCCAGCGCCCGCGCUGAGGCUCCUGGCUCUGGGCGCGCUGCUGUGGCCGUCAGCCGGUGCCUGGGAGCUCACGAUCCUGCACACCAACGACGUGCACAGCCGACUGGAGCAGAUCAACCAGGAGGGCGCCAGCAAGUGUGUCAAUGCCAGCCUCUGCGUGGGCGGCGUGGCGCGACUCUUCACUAAAGUGCAACAGAUCCGCCAAGCCGAGCAGAACGUGCUACUGCUGGACGCCGGCGACCAGUACCAGGGCACCAUUUGGUUCAUGGUGUACAAGGGCACCGAGGUGGCACACUUCAUGAACUUGCUGCGCUACGAUGCCAUGGCACUGGGAAACCAUGAAUUUGAUAAUGGGGUAAAAGGAUUGAUUGACCCACUUCUCAAAGAGGUUAAAUUUCCAAUUCUGAGUGCAAACAUUAAAGCAAAGGGAUCACUAGCAUCUGAAAUAUCAGGACUUUAUUUGCCAUAUAAAAUUCUUCAUGUUGGUAAUGAAGUUGUGGGAAUUGUUGGCUACACAUCCAAAGAAACUCCUUUCCUCUCAAAUCCAGGGACGGAUUUAGUAUUUGAAGAUGAAAUCACUGCAUUGCAACCUGAAGUAGACAAGCUAAAAACUCUAAACGUGAACAAGAUUAUCGCACUGGGACACUCUGGUUUUGAAACGGAUAAACUCAUCGCUCAGAAAGUGAAGGGCGUGGACAUCGUGGUGGGAGGACACUCCAACACGUUUCUUUACACCGGCAAUCCACCUUCCAGUGAGGUGCCUGCUGGGAAAUACCCAUUCAUAGUCACCUCUGAUGACGGGCGGAAGGUUCCUGUGGUCCAGGCCUACGCUUUUGGCAAAUACCUAGGCUACCUGAAGGUUGACUUUGAUGAGAAAGGAAAUGUCAUCACCUCACACGGAAAUCCUAUUCUUCUAAACAGCAGCAUUCCUGAAGAUCCAAGCAUAAAAGCAGAGAUUAAUGAAUGGAGGAUAAAAUUAGAUAAUUAUUCUACCAAGGAGCUGGGGAAAACAAUUGUCUAUUUGGAUGGCUCCACUCAGUCAUGCCGCUUUAAGGAAUGCAAUAUGGGCAACCUGAUUUGUGAUGCUAUGAUUAACAACAACCUGAGACACUCAGAUGAAAUGUUCUGGAACCAUGUGUCCAUGUGCAUCUUAAAUGGAGGUGGAAUUCGGUCACCCAUUGAUGAGAAGAACAACGGUACAAUUACCUGGGAGAACCUGGCUGCUGUGUUGCCCUUUGGAGGCACAUUUGACCUGGUCCAAUUAAAAGGUUCCACUCUGAAGAAGGCCUUUGAGCACAGCGUGCACCGCUACGGCCAGUCCACUGGAGAGUUUCUGCAGGUGGGCGGAAUCCACGUGGUAUAUGACCUUUCCCGAAGACCUGGAGACAGAGUGGUCCAAUUAGAUGUUCUUUGCACCAAAUGUCGAGUACCCAGUUAUGAGCCCCUCAAAAUGGAUGAAGUGUAUAAGGUGAUCCUUCCGAGCUUCCUGGCCACUGGUGGAGAUGGAUUCCAGAUGAUAAAAGAUGAAUUAUUAAGACAUGACUCUGGUGAGCAAGAUAUCAGCGUGGUUUGUCAAUACAUCUCAAAAAUGCAAGUAAUUUACCCAGCAGUUGAGGGUCGGAUCAAGUUUUCUGCAGGAAGUUAUUGCCAUGGAAGCUUUUCUUUAAUACUUCUUUCAUUUUUGGUAGUGACCCUUGUUUUGUACCAGUAGACAAAAUAUUCUCCUUGCCAUUAAUUUGCAUUUUUUAAAGUGAGAUUCAAAUCUGCCUUUCAUGAACUGGUUGUGAUGGCACAAAUUAUCCUUGCAGGCUCUUAGAAGCUGUAGCUUAGAGCACUGUAAAAGGAAGAGACUGACAUCAUCACUCAGAUCAGCAACUCAGUAAAAGGUACAAGAAAAAUAGGGUUCUGGAGAAAGCCACCAUAAAGUUUACAUAUCCAAAUUUUAAUGGUCAUUAUUAACUUUAAGCCAUACAAAUCACUUUUCUCUUUUAUAUCCAUUUCUAAUCCAUCAAAUAACUUGUGUUUACAUAGAACUUUAUCAUUUAUUAGGGAGUCUUAAUUUAAUACCCACAAUUUUGGUGGGUAAGACAGGUAUUAUUUUUCCAUUUGACAGAUGAGGAAACUGAGGCAAAGAAAGGGUUCGCUUGAUCAAGGCCAUACAGCUAGAAUGAACAAAUUCACAGGGCAGCAUUCUCUCCUACAUCAACCAUGCACCUUUGACAAGUCAGGGAACAAACUGUGCAAUAGAUAACAGGAAAAGUCAGAGGCUGCAAAAGACAGUCAAGAGGCAGGGUAGGAAGGAAAAAGGAUGGUGGAACUAAUUUACAUUACAGAAGAGAAAGAGCUAAAGGACAGUGAAUUGUAUUAAACAGGUAUUUGCAGCAUUGUGCCUGAUAUAUGGUAUUAGCUGUCAUUAAUUUUAUGAGAUUCUAUCAGCUCUGAGUGUUCUUACCUCUUUCUAACAUGAAGAUAUUACAAGAGCCUUCCAAAAUAAGCUGUAAUUCUAAACCUGCACUGGUCCCUCCCCAGAGAAUGCCAGCACUGAGCUUAUCUAGUCACAUCAUGCAUAUACCCAAUUAUGGGAAAUCCAGAGGUGAUUUUUAGAAGUGAUAUUAAUAUAUAUGACGUUUGCAGUCUGCUUCAAAGCUAAACAAUCACGUAACAUUCUCUAGUCCAGCUCUGGGAAUCCUGCCAGGGAGUGGGCUUCUCUGAGUGGGUGCUCAGAAAAUAUUCAGACUGAUUAAGUGAUUUAUGCCCAAAGAAACAAAUACAUGCUGAAACUACAGAGGGACCAUGUGAGAGCACCUGCUCAAUACUGUGUAAUUUAACAAGAAAUGGUAGCCUUCUCUUUAAAAAUAGCAGCUGGUGCUUUGAAGAAAUAUGUUUUCUGAAAGUUUACAAAUAUUCAGUAUUGAUACAAAAUAUACUUUAAACUUCACCUUUAAAAGGUUGUUGCAGUAAAAUAAUGCCCUUAGUUCUAUGCACAUACAGAUGUGCUAUAAACAAACAACUGUUCUUAAGAUUUCAUGAGGAAAAUUAGAAAGGUACACUUGGGGUACACUUUUCAUCCUUGGCCAGUAAAAUAAAAUAAAUCCUAUUAGAGUACAAUUUUUAAAGAAUGUUUUUCUAAGUUUUCUAAAUACAUGUAUAUGUAUUGUAUAGUGGUAUGAAAAUGACUUUGAAACACUCUGAAAUGGUAGAUUCUAAACAAUAAAAUUGGCAAUAAGCUCCUUGGUCUU